GCAUGCACGGGGACGCCACUCGCUGCAGGAGUGGGACUUCAGUUGUUGCAGCUCAGAGAGACAGGGAGAGGCAUGCUGAAAGCAGUGGCCUGACAGGGACAUCAUGCUCUGAAGAUACAGAUGAUCAGAGUUUCAACAUGUCGGCCGCCAACUAUCUGUUGACUGAAGAGCAGCUUUUGUGCAGUAUCUGUCUGGAUGUGUUCACUGACCCAGUCACUCUACCAUGUGGGCACAACUUCUGCAAAAAUUGCAUCACACAGCACUUGAAUUUUAAUUCCCAGCGCCAGUGUCCAAUGUGUAAAGAGCAUGUUGAUAGAAAAUAUAAGCCUGGGAUCAAUACGUUCAUAUCCGAGAUGGCUGUUCAGUUCAGACAGUCAGCUGGAAAGAAAGCCAGUAACAGCUCAGCACAACAUGUUGCCAAACCUGGAAAGGUUUCCUAUGACAUUCCUAGACAUAAACGGACAGCCCUGAAAUUCUACCUGCUGUUAGCAUUAGGCCUGGUUUGCCUGACCAUCUACUUUGCAACCAAGGUAAAGCUUCAUCAAACAGUGUCCAGCUUGAAAACGGAUCAUCUGUUAGAUACUGAAGAGACAGGCAGCAUGUGUACUAAGCAUGGCAAACCUCUGGAGCUCUUCUGCAAGAAUGAACAAAUGCCCAUUUGUCAGUCCUGCGCUGACUCAAGUCACAGAUUUCACCAUUUUGUUCCUCUAAAGGAAGAAUAUGAGGUUAAGAAGACAGAGCUUAGGAAAACAGAGGCCAAAAUUCAGCAGAAGAUCCUGCAGAGACAACUAAAAACUCAGGAGAUCAAGAAUUGGGUAACGCUCAAUAAGGAAACUGCAGACAGAGAGAUGGCAGAUGGGGUUCAGGUCUUCGCCGCUUUGAUACAGUCUUUGGAAAAAGCCAAGACCGAGCUCAUUGGAAUGAUUGAAGAGAAGCAGAAAACAACAGAGAAACAGGCCAAAGGUUUCAUCCAAGAGCUGGAGCAGGAAAUCUCUGAGCUGAUGAGGAGACGGGCUGACGUGGAACAGCUCGCUCACUCAAAAGACCACGUCCACUUCCUCAAAAGCGUUGCAUCCCUGAACGCUGCGCUAGUCACCAAAGACUGGACAGAGGUCAGUAUUUGUCCAGCGUCAUAUGAAGGAAUCCUGAGGACAGUCAUGGUGAGUGCUGUGAAUCAGCUGACAGAGACCGUCAGAGAGGAGAUUAAGAAGCUGCGUGAAACUGAGCUAAAGACCGUCCAGCAGAAUGCGGUGGAGGUGACUCUGGAUCCUGAUACAGCACAUCCUGCUCUCAUCCUGUCUGAUGAUAGGAAACAAGUACACAAUGGUGAUGUAUGGAAGAAACUCCCAGACAACUCAAAAAGAUUUGAACUUGGGAUGUUUGUCUUGGGAAAGCAGAGUUUCUCUUGUGGAAGAUUUCACUAUGAUGUCGAAGUUAAAGGAAAGACCUCAUGGAUUUUAGGAUUGGCCAAAGAGUCAGUCAACAGGAAGACAGAACUCAAAAUAAACCCUGAGAAUGGCAUCUGGGCUAUAUUUCGGAGUCAUAGAAAAGAGUACUUGGCACUUUCUAGCCAGUCUGUCCCUCUCUCUGUGAAUCAUCAUCCUGAGAAGGUGACAGUGUUUGUGGAUUAUGAGGACGGUCUGGUCUCCUUUUAUGACGUAGAUGCUGCUGCUCUUCUCUACUCCUUCACCGGCUGCUCCUUCACUGAGAAACUCUACCCAUUCUUCAGUCCUGGUACUAGUGACAGUGGCAGAAACUCUGCCCCUCUGGUCAUCUCUCCUGUCAAUACGCAAUAACUUAUGGCUUUAAUAUUGUUAUUAGGGUUUUUAAGGUUGUGGGAUUGGGUAGCUGGUUGCUAUGUGCAGAUGCUACAGUUCUUUCCUGUUUCUUUACUAGCUGCUAGUUAGCUUCACUAACAAAUUACACCCUCUCCUGAUCCUAAUCACUGUGGUAAC